CAUGUAAUCAGUAGUGGUGCAUAAAUAACUUCAUACACAAAGGAUGCACCAAGUUGUUGGGCAACUUGGGACUCAGUAUAAAAACCUGAGCAACUCAAGGCUCUUCCAUCCAUUUCUCUUGCCUUCUUUGCCUUGGUGAAUUAGAUUUAUCUCCACCACAUAGACAUGUCCUGCUACGACCUGUGCCAGCCCUGUGGCCCAACCCCUCUGGCCAACAGCUGCAAUGAGCCCUGUGUCAGGCAGUGCCAGGACUCAACAGUGGUGAUCCAGCCCUCUCCCGUGGUGGUGACCCUGCCUGGACCUAUCCUCAGCUCCUUCCCCCAGAACACCACCGUGGGAUCCUCAGCAUCCGCAGCUGUUGGGAGUGCUCUCAGUGCUGGAGGGGUCCCCAUCUCCUCUGGCAUUUCCCUGGGAUUUGGAAGCUUUGGCUAUCCAGGCCUGGGCAGUGGCUACAGCCGGCCCUACCGCCGCUACAACACCUACCGCAGUGGCUUCUACGGGCCAUGCUGAAGCACGAGGAGCAAGCAGGAAGAAAUGACCUGGAAUGCUGAAGCAGGACCGAAGGCAGGACUGAGCUCAGGGCCAUGGCUAGAUGUCAGACACCCACAACCUGAAGUUAAUGAAGCUGCGGGAGCUUGGCAUCUCCUCAAACCAGGCCUUCACUUGUCUUUUGUUAUGCUUUACUUUGUAUUUCUAAUCAAAUGUCUUGUUCUCUUAUGCUUUUUUGUAUUUGAUAAUGAGUAGGUAAAAAAAAUGUAAUUAUUAGAAAUUGUUCUCCAUGGCUGAAUUAGUACAGUUGAACAAUGAAGAAGGAAGAUCUCGUUUUGCUGAGUAUGUCACUGCUGGAGGGAUGAGUGGGCACUGUCCUUAGCGGACCAUGGAAAUGUAUUCCUUACACUUUGCAUUGCUUCCUUCCAUUCCUCAGCCUCAUUAAAUUUGUGCUGCAUCAUA